AUGAAGACUUCUCUUCUUUCUCUCCAGCUGCUGGCCAGCUGUGCUGCUGCUCUUCCCCAUGCAGAUCACAAACGUGACAACACCUCCUGGAAUCCCCCGUCCAACUUGGUCACCCCAUUGAACGAGGUCUGGAAACACGAAAUGUCCACGUACAGCGACCCCCUCGGCUUCAAAAACUACGGCUUCGAUCAGGUCAUCGACGGCAAGGGCAAAAUCAACUACUGUGUACGCUGGGAGUCCGAUGGAAGCGUCUCUCUUGCCCAGCGUGAGUCCGUUGAAAAAGUCAUUCGUCGUUCGUACAAUCAGUGGAUUGCCAAGUUGGCUGGGUUUGACGGGUGGCCGUAUGAGUCUGCUGAUGUGAAUGUUGUUGGGUGGGCGGUUAAGGAUGAAUCCCUUUUACAAGGGGAUACGUCUGGGAUUCAGGUUUAUACCGAUACGGAUGAUGAUGGGGCGCCCCAGUGUGCGCCUGCUUGUGGAAGGUUCUUUCAUCAGGAUGGAGAUUAUGCAAGUUGUGAUGCUGGGGCUGAUCGUCACUAUGACCAGAGUUUAUGGUUGACAGCCGGCUUUGAAGGAGGAGCAGGAGGCGAUUGGGGCCAGCGAGUGGGCAGUGACUACUUUAUGCAGAAUAUGGACAGUGACAAUAUGCACAUCUAUCUCCAUGAAGUUGGACAUACAUUUGCUCUUGAUGAUUUCUACGAUUGGACUCCCACCGGACAGACCAGCUUCAUCAUGAACGCUGGCAGUGCGACUGAAAUCACCGAGUUCGAUACGUGGAUGGUUCGUGACUGGUGGAGGCAUCUGAAGUCGAGAUAUUCUCUGUAG